CCCCCUAUUUUCGCACUAGCGGGUGGACGCGCGACAGUCGCGUAUCUCCUGGCAUCCAGGAAGCAGUGUCUUUGCCUGUUCAGAAAAAAAAACAAAAUGGGACUUGAAAAGAGAACGGUGAAAAUUAUAGUGAUAGUGCUGGUUGUUUUUCUUAUAAUCGGUGGCAUUGUGGGUCUUCUUCUAGGACUACUGUUGAACCAGCGCUAUGUCGAGCUGGAGGUGUGGCCGCGCUCGGACGACUACAACUGGGACCAGCCGCUGAUCCAGUUCCGCGCCAGCGACCCCGGCACCUGGCAGCACUGGAUCCGACGCAUCAACGACUUCCUGUCCGUAUACGAGACCAACGUCCCCGAGGAGCCGGCCCGCGCGCCCUGCUCGACCCGCAACCGGCAGGAGCAGCAGCUACGCUCGCCCAACUGUGACAAUGCCAUGCGCAUGUGGGCGCCAUGCACCAUAGACAACUACUACGGGUAUGCUGAUGGCAAGCCGUGCGUGUUUCUCCGGCUGUCUCAUGUGCACUAUUGGGUCCCAGAGCCUUACAACAUGUCUAUGCCCCUUCACAUCCCGCCGGAAAUGCCUGAACACCUGAAACAGAUUAUGCGUCUACGCCCAGCACAUCAGUUCGGGGACUACGUCUGGGUUACGUGCGAGGGUGAAUUCAACUCUGACCAGGAGAACAUCGGGCCAAUCUCGUACAUCCCAGCGGGGCUGCCUCCAGGCUUCCCCACCACCAGGCUGCACACGGCUGACCGCAUCCCGCGCAACGCCCGCGCCCUCCCCGACCGCGACCCCGGACCACUUGUAGCCGUACUGUUUGAGAACCCAAGACGAGGUGUUUUGAUCAACGUGGAAUGUCGCAUCUGGUCGCGAGACAUCUACUACGACCGCUCUAGCCGUGUGGGACGCGCUCGUUUCGAACUUUAUGUCGAUUAAAUGAUUGAAAACAAAAUAA